CGCGAAUAAGAAAGAUACACACGACGUCGACCGCGGUCCAGACCCCGACGACCACGACGACCAUCAUGACGGCGUCCCAACACAUGCUUCCGCAGGCGCCACAGCGCAUGGAGACGUACGGCACGAUCAACGCAGGCCCGAGGAAACCUCAGCCCUUGCGUCCGCUGCAAAAGCCGCCCAAGACGCCGAGCCCGCCGCCGCCCGCAAGCAUUUACCGGUCGCCGAUCCCUCGCCGACCGCUCGUGCGCAAGAAGAGCAGCGUCGAGUUUUCCGUGUGCGUCGAGAUCAACGACGCCGAGUCAUCGCGCCGAGGCGAGUGCCGGCGUCUCUCGCUGGUCGAAAAGGAAGAGCUGUACAAGGUGCGACCGGACCUUGCGAUUGAACCGCCGCGCUCGAUCCAGGAGCUCGACAAGGACCGCCUCGAGAACCAGCGUCGGUUUGUCAUAUCGAUGUUUGUGUCGUUUGCGUGCAUGCUGCUGCUCAUGAUGUUUUACGCGGUCAUUGCGAUGAAGAAGCCGCCGGCACCGUGAGCUGUCCGUCCUCUAUCUAUGAAUUUUCGAUAUCUAAUACACAUGCCCGAUUUGUAAUCGCGACCGCUGGCGCGAGGGCCCGAGUAGCCGUCAGGGAUGCGCUGAAUCUCGCUGAAGGCUCGGGUCGAGUUACAAACAGACGCAGGCAACUUCAAGCCUGACACCAUCACCAACCAUCUCGCCGGACGCGGGACGCCGAUGGGCAGGAAGCAUCUGCGCCGGCUUCCACCCUGCCGAACACCGGCACGUGAGUGGCUGCGAUGCUGGCAGAUUCUCGCGCAUCUCCCUGGUGGCUGCGAAUCUUCAUCCUAGCCGGGCCUUCGUCGCCUCCUCUGCGGAG